AUGGGUAUUGCAGUUAGGCUACUGCGCAAAAAAGAAUUUGGACACAUCCGAUUGGAACUGGAAGAAAAGAUGAAUGAGGAAGCGAAACCGAUGGAGCGAUCUUUAAUAGAGAGUUUUGUUAGAAUUCGAAAGAGCGAAUUGCCACACUCGACGGAAAACAUCGGCAGCGAUAGGUGGGAGCGCUCGAAAAUCGGUGACAUUGCUCGACUGGUGGGCAAAUAUGACGACAGCGCUUGUGAGAGGCUUAACGAGAAGAUUGAUGAAGAGAGGAAUUUGGAAAUGGAAACUUCUUAUAUACCUCCUGUAGUGCAUGCCACUGGAAAGAGUAUUCCGCGCCCAACGUCAUACAUGAGAUCUAGCAUAAAGAAAUGGAAGGAUGCGUGGAAAAUGAAAAAAUUCAGUGAUCAAGGAAAGAAUAAAUGUGCAGAAGCACAGAAAGAAAAUGAUGACACAGUAUCACCAUUAUCUACUCAAAGUAGUGAGAGCGGUAGCUUUGUUACUCAAACGGCAAUAUUACCUCAUACUCCAAAAAGAUCGUCUCACAUCAAACAACCGUCGCCAAUAAUAAAAUAUUUAUCAGAUGAAACUGAAAAAUUGCUUAAGAGAAGGGCUAGAAAAUUGAAGCAUUCUUUUCAGCAUGAUGAUCUCAUAACCACAGAUGAUUUGAAAAGUUCAUCCGUUUCACAACAAAACGAAACCGAUUCAGUCGGUUUCAAAAUGAGUGAAACGUCAGGAUACGAGUUGAAAUUUGACGAAAAGAGCAUCGAAGAAAUUCUCAACCCUGCGAAUGAAUCGAAUCUCGCAGUUGAACAGUCCUUCAGCGACGUGGCCGAACUGAAGGCGAUCGCGAUGCCGCGAGAUGAUGUGGAGCAGUUCCGUUCAACAAAUGCAAGGCCUCCCGUAAUGAAGCUAAAAAUAAAAGCGCAGUCGGAUGAGAGCACGCUGCCUCACGCGGACUUUAUGUUUACCCAAGGAGUUUCCCUAACAGAUGUAAAAGGCGAUAGUGGAUCGCUUAGUCAAGAUUGGUCAAUCCCGAAGCGUAGUGACAAGGAGAAAGGAGCCGAAUUUCUUUUCCAAUCCACUAACUCUGCAGGGGAGGCAUGGUGCUUUUCGGGUGUGUCUUUUGGGUCUGAUACAGCCCACCAAUUCCUAUCGGUAACGGAGAAUGUGUCUUCCUGUGGAGCUCAGGAGGAGAAUGAAAAUGGAUCUAUGCUAGUUAUUUGCAAAGAAAAAUUUUGCGGUGAUCACAUCGACGAGGAGAAGGAAACGGAAGAGGCACAAACGGUGGAAAAUGUAGGACUAAGAAGUGAAGGACACACGGGUAGAAUGUCUACCGGAAGAGUUGCUAAAACAAUAACGUCAGCAGAGGAACAAUCAAUUAGGAAAGAGAUGGUUGACAAAGACGAAAGUGAAGAACAUAGUACAGAGGGAGCGUUACAGAUGAUAAAGAAUGAGGAAAGGCUAGAUGUCUCGCUAUCGGUUGAUGGUAGAAGAAAACAUAGUGUUUCAAAGCCAGCUGCAAGUAGAAGGAUUGCAUUUCUUCUGGACGAAGAGAGAAAGAGUCCUACUAUUGCAGUACCUGAUAAGUGUCCAUUUUCUUGUAUACCUUCUACUGAGACCAGCACCAAAAAGAAAAAAAAUAUUCCGAAAGCGCUGACAAUACCAGAUCGAAUCAAUUCUCGUUUCGGUGACCCAAGUGUUUUGCUUUCGGAAACUAAUGUAUCUGCGAAUAUAACAGCUCAAGAAAGUUUUGUAGAGAUCGUCUCACCACUCAAGCGCCCACAUUCGGUUAGUAUUUGUAUGAAGGUGAACAGUCCUAGUUUACCGUGCUUGAACACUGGCACUCCAUCUGAAAAAGAAUCAUUAUUUACAUUCAAAAAGACCCCACCAAUCCCAAAACGAGGACUUAAAGAAGUUUCUGCUUGGGAACAGAAGCAAUAUCAAAUUGGGAACAACGAAGUUAGCCUGCCAACUAAUUCGAAUGUGGAGACCGAGGAAGAGAAACCUAAACCUUCCGUAAAAUGUAAGGCAAUAUCCCAGUUGGAUAUCUUAGGGAAAAAGAAGGAAUGCGUUAAAAUUCCUGAGAGAGGAAAAUCGCUACAAAAAGUUGAAGAUUCUGCUACUAAACAGGAUAACAAAGUAUGUAAGGAAGGAGUGAACGAGGCGAACCAACAAUUAAUCACUAUGAAAGAGAUGAAAAAGGAGGAUCCAAUAACAUUCUUUAACAUCAAAGACUGGGAUGAAAAAGUUGGGCAAGGUGUUUUUGAGAAGCCGUCUGAUCUAAAUGUAACAGAUUGUGAUAGAAGUAAUAGUAGAAACACUGGUCAAAAUACAAUGAAGCGCUUCGAAGCACUAAGUUUAGAAUCACUAAUAAAUGAUGGCAAAAAAGAGGAUUCACGGAAGAAGGCAAAUCAAAUCACUUCGAAAAAGGAGGGAAGCAAGGUUACCGCAGCUUGCAAUAGAUUUUCCGUGAUAAAUGAAACGUUUACUAGCGGGAAACAGCUCGAUCGAGGAGAUCCGGAACCCCUCGAAGUGGACGAGGUGUUUCAGAACGUCAGUGGUGACAAAGGAGUCUCGGAAAACAUAAAAGAAUCGCACAGUAAACGAGAUGUUGGAGAAGAAGAAACACGCAGAACAGAUGUUCAAAGGGAUGAUAUUCUGGAAGAAAUGCAAAUUGUUGAAUCUACAAAACGAUUAUGUGCUGAAAGCAGUGAUGAAAUUUCGACCUAUGACGUCACCGUUGUUGCCGUCAAUAAAAAGUACGAGACAGUAGCAACUGAGACGAGCGAAUUUAGUGAAUAUGUAACAAGUAUGAAUGAUGAUGAAAAGAAAAUGGACAGCAGGUGUGUUCUCGAAGAGAAAACUCUUGCAAAAACUCCAGGUGUGAUCAGAAGCAGAUAUAGUAAACGCGAUAAAUUGAUGAAGCAGUCGUCGCAAGAGAAAGAGAUUAUCACAAUUGAGACGAAAGAAUGCAAACAAUCGAGCAAAAGCACCGGUAAGGAAAUCGCCCUUCUCAUUCAAGCUGAAGAAGUAACUUCUACAGUCGUUUUGAGCUCAAUGUCAGAUAUUCAUAUACGCAAAGCGAGGUUAACAAAAGCGCAGAAGUUUCCCGAUACGCCAGUGCUUAAAGGAAAUAAAAGUGUGGUAUGUACUUCUACACUGGAGGAAACAGUGGGACAUCACUAUAAGACUGCUCCAACCGCUAAAACUGAUGUAGUAAACGACCUGUGCAAACAGGAAUUGUUCGUUACUGAUAAUGAUUCUCGAAGUUCGGUGGAUAUCAAUGAACUUUUGAAGGAUGGAGAUCUAGAAAAUACUGGAUUGAUUGCAGAUGUUCGCUCAAGUGAUGAUAUUGCUCUUUCGAAACGACUUGGUGUGGAGAGCAUCUCAGAAACGACAAAAAAUUUCGAAGGAAAACCUAAUGACCAGGAAAGUGAACUUACAACAGAAUUAUGCGAAGAAUCGCAGAUACCACCAACUACUGCAAGAAGGGAGUCAAGAUCCGUUGAUAGUACUCUAAAUAGUAAGCAGGAAACGAAGAAACCCAAGUUGAUUGCUGUAACAAGAAGCGAUGUCGUUUUUCUUCCACCGGCACAAUCAUUUACCACAGCUACUACAGUGCUACACAAGAGAGAUGAUAAGAGCACAAGUGUAGUGGAGCUUGUUGUUCCCAGCUCGGAAGCAAGAGCUUACGACGAUGAUACUGUUUCCAGUUCUACCACUUUAGAGUGGAAAGUGGGCGAAGAUAAAUCUGACGAAAAUGCUAGAUUAAAUGUCGCCGUUCCGAAUGCUCCUAAUGUAAGCUGGGCAUGGAAGAAGGCUCGAAAAUUGAUCGAGAAGAACAAAAACUUGAGCUCACAGAAUGAAGUCUGCGCCGAACUGCCCAUCAGUGAAGCGAACGUCUCACCUUGCGGUUUGUGCAGUCAGAUAUUCAGUAAUGCAGUCCGAGGUAACACUGCUAUUGUCCCGUCGCUCGUCAUGAGACCAGCAUCUGAUGAUCAGAGUAUGGCAGUUGUCGACAAGUCGUGUGCACUUUUAUGGAAACCUCUAAUGGACGAUAGAAAAUGCUGUAUCUUCGACUACUUCAUCCUGAACAACGAUAACAAAGAAAUGAAGACGUGGUCUUUUGUUGUGGAGUCAACGGACGUAUCCUGUACAUUAGAGGUGAUAUCACAGGCUGAAGAGAAAUUUAUUGCGAUAUCGUCAUCAGACGCUACUACCGUACUGACAAAGCCUGUGCUUAUGAAGGAUACCUACCUUGUCGAGAUUAAAGAGAUUUCCUUCGGAAAAUGGCAUGACGGUGGAACGGAUGAUUUCGUUUCCUCCUUAUCUGUCGCGAAAAUUAAAGAGGAUAACCAUGAGUACUAUAAGGUAAGUCAACGACUGACAUUAAAACACGUUGAAGGAAUCACAAGCAAUAAUUACGCUAUCAAUGAAGACGAUGUUGGCAAGGUGAUGAUGAAGAGGAUUGGUACUCUUAAAAGUAUGCAUCUCAUGCAGAAUCCUUCGCAUUAG